AUGGCUGUGUGGGGGUCCGGGGACCCUCGGUGGAUCGUGGAGCAGAGAGCUGACGGGACCAACGUCAACAACUGGCACUGGACGGAGCGUGAUGUCAGCGGCUGGUCGUCGGAGCGUCUCCGUCAGCUGCUGCUGGCGGUGAAGGUGGAUGGUCCAGAGGGCACCGCCGCCAUCACCGACGUCAACAAACUGGAUGGAGAAGCUUCUAUCAACAACCGCAAAGGAAAACUCUUCUUCUUCUACGAGUGGACGCUGAGGGCCAACUGGCUGGGGACGUCCUGCAAUGGCGUGAAGUUCAGAGGAACCGUCGAUGUGGCGAACCUGUCAGACGAGAACGACAUGGACGACCUCGACAUCUCUGUGUCUCUGUGUAAAGACCAGCCCAACACGCCGCUCCUCGACCUCAUGAAGAAGCGUGGCGUUCCGGAGGUCCGAAGAGUUCUGGGCCAGUACGUCCACCAGCUAAAAUCAGAGUUCAGUCAGGGGAUGAUCCUUCCCACCACCGACCAGCCGAAGCCACAUCAACCUCCUCCGGUCCAGAAGAACCAGAAAAGCUCUGCCCCGAGGUGCUCAUCAAGCCCCGCCCCCUCCCCCACAGGCAUUCGGAUCUCAACCUGCUCCUUCAAGCUGGAGGAAACUUUCCAAACAUCACCUGAUGAGCUGUACCGGACCUUCAUCAGCCAAGAGUUCGUGCAGGUAUUUACGCGCUCAGCGGCGGAGGUGGACGGGCGGCGUGGUGGGCGGUUCCAGAUGUUGGACGGGAGCGUCUGUGGAGAGUUCACAAACCUGGUACCGGACCGGAGGAUAGAGAUGAGGUGGCGGUUCAGGACGUGGCCCAGUGAACACUAUGCCACCAUCAGUCUGCAGCUGGAGGACCGGGGAGACGACACGCAGCUCAUCAUGGACUGUCGAGGAGUCCCUGUGGGCGAGGAGGACGCCACCAGAGAGGGCUGGCGCCGGUUCUACUUCCACGCCAUCAAACAGACAUUUGGAUACUGAGCCCUGAGGCUCGACUGACAGGCUGCUUAAGGGGACAGAUCAACAAUUAGGAUCCAGAAUGUGGUGUCCUUCAGGAAGGUCUCCUUCAGGAGGGCCUC